AUGGACCGCCUACAGCCACUUCAACGUUUGGAAGACGACUAUUAUGUCGGCGAAAUUGGACGGCCAGCAGUCGAGAGCGACUAUGAUUCGAGUUCUGAUGACGAGCUGCAGCACGAAUUGAAGCGGCUCGCCGGCAUUCCGAAUUGUAAAGAAGUGAAAAAAGAAAAAGAAAGAGAUGAAUUCGUUGAUGAAAUGGAGAGCGAUUUGGAUGAUAGCAUUUCAGAAUACGCACGCAAACACAUGGGUGGUUCAAAUCAAGAUCUCACAAAGGACGAACUUCCCCAGCUUGUUGACCCAACUACGGACAACGAGAUGGAAACGUCGCUUCCUGGUACUUCAAAAGAUACUAAAAGCACGCCAGCUUCAAAAGAUACCAAAUCGCCAAAGAAACAGAAGAAGGUCACUAUAAAUGAAGAUGUUGAAAUGGGAGAUGCAAAAGACGGGGAUGAGACGAAUCCCAUUCUUAAAAUGGCAAAGGCUCAACUUAAAGAGAAAGAAGAGAAACCUGAUUUCUAUGACUCAGACGAAGAUGAAGAUAAUGAAAGGUGGAUUGCUGAAAAGCGACGACAAAGCAAAGGAAUGAAAAAGAUGAACAAGGAAAUUCGAGUGCUUCUGGCAAGGAAAGUCGAGCAAAAA